CCUUCUUCUUUCAGGAAGAAAGAGCGCACAGAAGCUAAAUGAAACCUCCUAUGAGUUCUCAUGGAUGGUGGAGAUUCAAUCUCCGAACAGCAUUCUCCAUCAUCUUCCUCACCUUUCUUCCUCUGAAUCUCAAAACUCAAGAAGUCUUUGAUCCUUGUCAAGAUCACUUAUUGAUCCAAUCCGAAGCUUCUUGGAACCGUCGCAGCUUGGUAGAGACACCACCUCUUCCGGGAAAAGGUCCUGCUGUGGGUGCCUCCCCUCCAUCUCCUGAUCUAGCACUUGCAGGCUCCACAAAACCGGUUCCAGCACCAGAAACUCGAACACCAGUAGGUGGAGAUGGAACCCCGAGCCCUCCUCCUAGUAGUGUUAGGACAGCAGAAACUCCAAACCCACCUUCUGAUCCUCCUCAACUUCUGUCUCCACCUCCACGUCCCCCUCCAAGUACUAAAAAGACUCCCGUUUCUAUGAUCGUGGGCAUAGUUGUUGGAGUAUUCACAGUCUCAGUGGCAUUAAUCAUCUUCUUUCUUAUCCACACCCGAAAAAUCCCAAUCAAGCCUUGGACCAACAACAGUGGCCAGCUCCAAGAUGCUCUUAUCACAGAUGUUCCUAGGCUGCAGCUGUCAGAGCUACAAGCAGCAUGUGAAGAUUUCAGUAACAUCAUUGGCUCUUUCUCAGACGGCACCAUCUAUAAAGGGACUUUAUCCACUGGUGCUGAGAUUGCCGCUGUCUCCAUCGCGGAUGGCUCUCGUGCAAACUGGUCUAACGAUAUGGAAGCACAGCUGCUACAAAAGGUAUCAGAAGAACCUGGUUUAUCCUUUGUUUUUGAACACUGGAAAAAUGAUUCGUCUCUGUUUCUGCAGAUUCGUAAGUUAGCAAAAGCAGACCACAAGAAUUUCUUGAAUGUGAUUGGGUAUUGCCAUGAGAACGAGCCCUUCCACAGAAUGCUUGUUUUCGAAUACGCCCCUAAUGGAUCGCUCUCCGAGCAUCUUCACUCUCAACAUACGGAGCACUUAGACUGGCCUACCAGACUCAGAAUCGCCAUGGGGACAGCUUACUGUCUAGACCACAUGCACAAUCUCAACCCACCCAUCUUGCACACCAGUCUUGACUCAUCUUGCAUCUACUUGACCGAAGACAACGCCGCCAAAGUCUCAGACUUCUCAGUCCUCAACUUCAUCUCUCCCUCCAAAGAAUCCUCCUCGAGUAAGAACCUUUUAGAACACUCAACGCUUGAACCCCAGACCAACGUCUUGAACUUUGGCGCCCUCGUGUUUGAAAUCAUUACGGGAAGGCUCCCAGACCCUGAUUCCUUGUUUCUUGAACCCAAGAAGGCGAGAGAUCUUGUGGACCCGGCUUUGAAAACGUUUCAGGAGGAUGUUGCUGAGAGGUUGUUGGAAGUGGUUAGGCAGUGUAUGAAUCCUUACUCGGCUCAACGGCCGACAAUGAGAAAGGUUGUGGUGAAGUUGAGAGAGAUCACCGGAAUAGCAGCUGAUGCAGCACUGCCUAGGUUAUCUCCACGUUGGUGGACCGAGAUGGAGAUCAUAACCACAGAUGGAAACUAAAGAGAAUGGAGCCCUCCUUUAGGGGUCCCCUCCCCUGUAGAUACACAAACGUCACCGUGAAAAGAUGAUAAAUAUUUUUCCUUUGCAUUAAAAAGACUAAACACUGUAUAUAUAUGAAAAGAUACAGAUAGAAACAAUAUGGUAAGAUCAAUAAUGGCAGUUACUUUGGCCUGCGGGUUUUAACCGAA